AUGAAGAAUGGGCAGGUGUCAAACGUAGAGGGAGUGGCCUGGUGCUCAGUACCUCUGCUGGUCAUCAUCAUGACAUCAGAGGACCGCUCUUCCCAUCAGUGCUCCUGGCUCGGUUCACUAUGUGGACACCGGACGUGGGCUGGGCUGCUGUGGGUGCUGCUGCUGCUGGGUACCAUCCCCAGCUCGUGGGCUCAGCAGGGCCCAACACCCCAGUCCAUCAAAAUCGAGGGCGACAUCACCCUGGGCGGCCUGUUCCCGAUACAUUCCCGAGGGCCUGCCGGGGUGCCCUGCGGGGAGGUUAAGAGAGAGAAGGGGAUCCACCGACUGGAGGCCAUGCUGUACGCCUUGGACCAGAUCAACAGCGACCCAGACUUGCUGCCCAACAUCACUCUGGGGGCCCGGAUCCUGGACACCUGCUCCAGAGACACCUACGCCCUGGAGCAGUCUCUCACCUUCGUCCAGGCCCUCAUCCAGAAGGACACCUCGGACGUUCGCUGCUCCAACGGAGAGCCCCCCAUCAUCCCCAAACCAGAGAGGGUGGUCGGGGUGAUCGGGGCAUCUGGCAGCGCGGUGUCCAUCAUGGUGGCCAAUGUGCUCAGACUGUUCUCGAUCCCCCAGAUCAGCUACGCAUCCACGGCUCCGGAGCUGAGCGACAAAAGCCGAUACGAGUUCUUCUCCCGCGUGGUGCCACCUGAUUCCUACCAGGCCCAGGCCAUGGUGGACAUCGUCAAAGCCAUGGGCUGGAACUACGUCUCCACGUUGGCCUCUGAGGGCAACUACGGAGAGAGUGGCGUAGAUGCCUUCCUCCAGAUCUCCAGAGAAGCAGGUGGGGUGUGCAUUGCACAGUCCAUAAAGAUUCCCAGAGAACCCAGAUUUGGGGAGUUUGACAAAAUCAUUAAGAGACUGAUGGAAACCUCCAACGCUCGUGGGGUGAUAAUCUUUGCCAAUGAGGACGACAUCAAGCGGGUAUUGCAGGCUGCCAAAAUAGCCAACCUGACGGGACACUUUCUGUUUGUCGGCUCUGACAGUUGGGGGGCCAAAAGCUCCCCGAUUCAAGACCAGGAGGAGGUGGCAGAGGGCGCUGUCACCAUCCUCCCAAAGAGAGCCUCUAUUGAUGGCUUCGACCAGUACUUCAGUACGAGAUCUCUGGAAAACAACAGGAGAAACAUCUGGUUUGCAGAAUUCUGGGAGGAUGACUUCAAGUGCAAACUAACUCGCCCCGGUAUAAAAUAUGAACCUGGUAGAAGAAAAUGUACAGGGGAGGAAAGAAUCAGUGAAGACUCUCAGUACGAACAGGAGGGAAAGGUGCAGUUUGUGAUUGAUGCUGUGUAUGCCAUGGCCCACGCUUUACACAGCAUGCACAUAGACCUCUGCCCCGGCUUCAUGGGUGUCUGCGAGAAGAUGGAUCCUGUGGAAGGACAAAUGCUCCUUCAAUACAUUCACGCUGUCAGCUUCAACGGCAGCGCAGGAACUGGAGUCAUGUUCAAUGAGAACGGAGACGCUCCCGGUCGGUACGACAUCUUCCAGUACCAGCUGUCUAAUGUCACCAACCCCGGCUACAAGGAUAUUGGUCAAUGGACAAACCACCUCCGACUCAAUGCUGAUGAGAUGCAGUGGUCAGGUGGUGACCGCAAGAUCCCAGAGUCAGUGUGCAGUUUCCCCUGCGAGUCUGGUGAGAGGAAGAAAAUGGUGAAGGGCGUUCCCUGCUGCUGGCACUGUGAGUUCUGCGAUGGCUAUCAGUACCUUCUGGAUGAGUUCUCCUGUGACAUGUGCCCGUUUGACAUGAGGCCCUUCUUGAACCGCACUGGGUGCCGGGAAACACCCAUUAUCAAGCUGGAGUGGAGCUCUCCCUGGGCCAUCAUCCCCGUCUUCCUGGCCAUCAUGGGCAUCCUGGCCACCACCGGAUGCAUUGUGACCUUCAUACGCUUUAACGACACGCCUAUUGUGCGGGCCUCGGGCAGAGAGCUCAGCUACGUGUUGCUGACAGGCAUCUUCCUCAUCUACCUCAUCACCUUCCUCAUGAUAGCUGAGCCCAGUACGGCCGUGUGCGCCUUCCGCAGGCUGCUGCUGGGGCUUGGCAUGUGCAUCAGCUAUUCUGCCAUGCUCACCAAGACCAACCGGAUUUACCGCAUCUUCGAACAGGGCAAGAAGUCGGUCACUCCUCCGAAAUUCAUCAGCCCCGGCUCUCAGCUGAUUAUCACCUUUAUACUCAUCUCAGUACAGUUACUUGGCGUGUUCAUCUGGUUCGGUGUGAUGCCCCCCCACACCAUCAUCGACUACGAAGAGCAGAAGCCUCCAAACCCAGAGUUUGCCCGAGGAGUCCUGAAGUGUGACAUGUCCGACCUGUCCCUCAUCCUAUGUCUGAGCUACAGUAUCGUACUGAUGAUCACCUGCACGGUGUAUGCCAUUAAGAGCAGAGGAGUUCCUGAGACAUUCAAUGAGGCUAAGCCCAUUGGCUUCACCAUGUACACGACCUGCAUCGUCUGGCUGGCUUUCGUACCCAUCUUCUUUGGGACGGCACAGUCCACUGAGAAGAUGUUCAUCCAGACCACCACACUGACGGUGUCCAUGAGCCUGAGCGCCACCGUGUCCCUGGGCAUGCUCUACAUCCCCAAGGUGUACGUCAUCAUCUUCCACCCGGAGCAGAACGUCCAGAAGAGGAAAAAGAGCUUCAAAGCCGUGGUGCAGGCGGCCACCGUGUCCACGCACCUGUCCCAGAAGUCCAACGACAAACCCAACGGAGAGACCAAGAUCGUGCCGGACAGGUCCCAGUGA